CUACUUGCCCGUGAUGAACUCCCAACCAUACGAUACAAACAUCCCAAACCAAAGUCCUUUUUGCAGAACCAAACAACUUCCUUCCUUUGGUUUGUGUCUGUCUCCUCAUCUCAUAGAGAGAAUGGCAAGGGAAGAUCAAUACUACUAUGAAUACAGCUCGUUCUGGGACUACUUCAGCUUCCCGGUCCACCUCUGCUUCUUCGGCCUCAUCCUCCUCACCAUGCUCGGGUUCUCGUGGUACAUCAACUACGAGUCGAUGUUCGAGGACCUCGAGACCCAGCUCAAGCUCUUCCUCAUGGCCUGCCCACUCGUCCUCCUCCUCCUCGUCCACCUCCUCUCCAACGAGGAGAGGCCAUGGGUCCCCGCCCUCGCUUUCCUCCCCGAGAGGGACUCCCUCCACCGGGCCGGCGGCACCCCCUGGGGCGUCGCGGCUCUCCUGGUGCUCCUCCUGGUGAUGGUGUCCUACCAGUCCUCCCUCCAUGAGCGAUGGUUCCCUCUGCUCGCCAAAUGAAGAUAAAAAAAAAAAAAAUGAAUAAUAUGGUCUUAAGUGAAAAUUUUUUAGGCUAAUAUGUAAAUUUCUAUAAUUAUGGGGGAGAGGGAGAUCUUUUUCCUUUUUUUUGGCAUGCAGGAUCCUGGUUGAUGAUGCUGCUGCCACAUUAAAUAGUUUUUUUUUUUUAUUUUUUUUUCUCUUUUUCUAAAAUUUUUCUUUUUGAUGUUUGGCGUUUUAUGCUGAUAAGUGAUGUAUUAUAUGCAAAAAUCUUCUCCAUUUUAGUGUCCCGAUCCUCGAUCCUCUAGGCUUGCUCA